AUGUCUCAGAACAUUCUCAUCACCGGUGCUGCUGGCUACAUAGGCGGCUCCAUUAUAGCAGACAUCCUGUCACGAAAUGACGAGACUCUGAUGAGUGUAGCCUUGUUCGCGGCUGUGCGAAGCCAAGAACAGGUCGACCAGAUCUCCAAGAUCGGAGUGAAGGCUAUUUUGGUUGACCUCAACGAUAAAUCGGCCAUUGAAGAUGUCAUCGCUCAAAACAAGAAUGCAGUCGAUAUCGUUGUGCACACUGCCAGUGCUAUGAACCCAGCUAUAACAUCCAACCUAAUCAGUGCUCUCGGAAAAAGACGCCAGAACAGCGGAUCCAGGACAUAUCUGAUUCAUUCAUCCGUUGCCACCAUGUUCACCGAGGAAGGCGGGUGGCCUUACGGCGAAGUCAAAGACAGCGAUUCUAUCUUGGAUAAGGAAAGGGAAAUCGGAUCUGACAACCCUGUGCGAGCGGUCAACAGUCUCCUCGCCGAAGAGGGUAAGAAACAAGGCGUCGAGACUUUCAAUGUCGCCGUUCCUAUGACAUAUGGGCGCGGGACUGGAGUGUGCAGAAAGCUCUCAGUGAACAACCCAGCCAUGAUCCGAACAAGCAUCAAGCUCAAGGCUGUUCACAAAUUUGACAAAGAUGGACACUUUGGAACUGUACAUAUCACUGAUCUUACCGACAUCUACGUGCGACUCGUCAGCAAGAUCGUGAAGCAAGAGCCCAUCCAAGUCGGUCACGAUUGCUACUUUUUUGCCAUUGCCCACAAAGCACAUUGGUGGAAUAUGAUGGAUAAGGUUGCUGAAGGACUUCAUUCUCGUGGUCUUGUGACGGAACCAAAGGCCAAGAUUUGGUCUGACUACCAAACGGCCGCUGAUAGUCUUGGGUUUCCAAGAGCUUACAUUAGAGCUAUGGCCACACAUAGCGGUCAGCUUGUCCCAUCAAAUGUGUAUGAGUUGGGAUGGAAGCCUAAGUGGGAUUCAGAGGAAAAGUUUUUGAGUCAGAUUGAUGACGAGAUCAAGGAUGUUCAGGAGCUGGACACGGUCAAAAUGUCUCUUUUCGACAGUCUUGUUGCGGAUCAAUCUAAGUAG